AUGAUUGGAUCCCAAACUCGACGAUUCGUUCUCAUUGCGCGAAACUCGCGACGACGGCCACAUCGUACUCAUUAUACACAAAUUACGAGGUGCCGUUUGGCUUUGGGAAAAAGUUCUGUUGAACGUGUGCUGUCUGUACCAUCCGGGCCCUCACCGAUUCUCUUACCUGUCUCUUCAUUCAAUUCAACGCGAUCGUCGACAGUAUCGUUGAACCAAUCACAGAAAAGACUCGGCUUUUCCACACACAGCGUGCCCUAUCCACAGGAAAUCGUCCGUUUUCUUGAUAAACACGUCAUCGGCCAAGAGGAAGCCAAACGUGUUCUUGCUGUUGGAGUUUAUCAACACUACUUGCGACUCUUGCAUAAUUUAGAAGUGGAAGAGGCUAAACUGAUUCGAGAGUUGGCACGCGAAGCGGAAAAUCAAAAAUUACGGCAAGCACUCGAUAGAAAAACACUGUUUCGUAUCAAAGACGGACAAGCUUAUUUUGACGAAGAUCCCGGGGAACCCGACUUUCGAAGUCGGCGUGAUCGUCUUGUGGACGAUUUGGCGGUUGGUCGUGAACGGAUGUCUGCAAUGAAAGGCAUAAAUGAGACAGAAUUCGCAAUCGAAAAAUCAAAUAUUCUUCUCGGAGGUCCAUCGGGAAGUGGAAAGACAUACCUGACUCAGCGAUUGGCUGAAAUUUUGAACGUUCCAAUGGCACUCUGUGAUUGCACAACUUUAACACAGGCCGGAUAUGUUGGAGACGAUGUGGAGAGUGUCAUUCAGCGAUUAUUACAGAAUGCAAAUGGAGACGUGGAACGAGCCGAGAUGGGGAUUGUUUUUCUUGAUGAAAUCGACAAGAUUAAUACCAGCGCCGAUCAACUUCAUUCUACUGGAAAUCGUGAUGUUUCUGGACGCGGUGUUCAAACAGGAUUACUCAAAUUGGUUGAAGGACAUGUAGUCAAAGUAAAGAACCCAUUGAAUCCAACACAGAAAGUGAACGUGAACACAACGAAUAUUCUCUUCAUCGGCUCGGGGGCUUUUUCUGGAUUGGAAAAUGUUGUCGCUCGGCGACUCGAACAAAGAUCGCUUGGUUUUGGAUCUUCGAGCAAAGGCAUUCUACUGGAGGAGAAAAACGAGGACACUCUGGCCUCUCAAAAAGACGAACUUACUCGGAAAGUUGAUCAAGGAGAUUUAAUCAACUAUGGACUAAUUCCUGAAUUUGUUGGUCGAUUUCCUGUCUUUGUACCAUUCCAUUCGAUCAAUAGAGUCUUAAUGAAAAGGAUUUUGCUCGAACCCAAGAAUAAUCUUAUUGCGCAAGCACAACGACUAUUUUCCUUGGAUGGGAUUACCCUCAAUUUUACACAAUGUGCCGUUCAAGCAAUCGCUGAUGAAGCUACGGGUCGAAAAACGGGCGCUCGGGCAUUGCGUUCAAUCUUGGAGCGAGUUCUUCUGGAAGCCAAGUUUCAAGUACCUGGCUCGAACGUUCAACGGAUUGUUUUUGAUGGGGCUUCGGUGCGAGGAGAAAAGAAACCGUUUCUCAAUGUAACUUUUGAAUGGUACACAUGGCCGCUCUUCAGCUUCAAAAUGUUUGUCACGAUUCCAUUUGUUGAUCGUUUUCUGAACUUGGAGGCGAAUUUGAUUCAUCGCAUGAAAACAUCGGAUUUCGUUGAUCGUCUUCACAAUGUUGCCACUCCAUGGCUGCUUGCUUUCUUCGUCAUUCUCGUCGGUACAAAGAUGCGAUUCGGUGAUCCGAUCAACUGCAUGUUUCCACCGGAAAUCGAUGACGUUAGUGCCUGGCAACCUUACUUUAAUCAAUUCUGCUUUGUGACGAAUACUUACAAAUAUAAUUCAAUUGAAUCGGCUGAUGGAGAUUAUUAUAUUAAUCAUCAAUUCGCUUCUACCGUUAAUUACUAUCAAUGGGUCCCGUUCUUGUUAGCGGCUCAAAUGGUCGCCUUCUGCUUACCAGCAAUAUUCUCACAGAUUUUUAUUCAGAAAUCUGCGCUAAUGUUUGAGAAUGUUAUCAAAUUCGCCAAGAACUAUGGAAAAGUUAUUGGAGAUCCAAAGAAGGCGCCGAUACAGUUGGAAGCAAUUGGUGCUUGCUUAAUCAGCACAUAUUUCUACAAACAAAAUAAGCAGGUCUUUUUCACUCGAAGUAUAGCAACAUUCGGUUACAUUAUUUACAAGAUUCUUUGCAUUAUCAACAUUAUCAUUCAAAUGGGCGUGAUUGCUUAUUUUCUUGGCAUCGAUAACUGGCAAAUGGGAUUUACUCAAAUAAAGGCAACUUUGGAUGUGGACUUGCUUAAGAAUCCAGGAUUUGGCCUUUUCCCAAGGACUGUGGUGUGUCAUGCUGAAAAGUCUGUCAGUGGCGGACAGGAAUACGAAGAUCAGCCUUUUCAAUAUGAUUUUGAAUGCAUUCUUCCCAUCAAUUACAUUAACGAAAAGUUGUUUCUCUUUAUCUGGUGCUGGUAUAUGAUGAUGCUGUGUCUCACGAUUUGCAACUUGUUUGGCUGGCUCAUUUUCCUAUCGAUGCCCGAUUUUGGCGGAAAGCAUCUUUAUAUCAAAUCAGGAAAACGAGUUGAUAUCUCUCAAAGGCCUAUUUACAAGCAAUUCUUCUCGGGAUUGGGUGUGGAUGGUCGUUUACUUUUUGCCUUUAUUUCAACUCACGCCGGCGAUUUGGUUGUUGUCAACAUUAUUGAGGAGAUUCUAAAACAGCUCGCUGCAAAACGACUCGAGGCGGAGAAGAAAAAAGAGGAAGACGAGAACGAAAAAGAAGAUAUCCAUUUGAAAGCCCAGAAGAAGAAUUGGAACGGACCGGACGUGAUCUCACUUCAUCCAGAUGACACAAACGAUGAGAUGCCUCUUUUUUUCAAAAAUACGCCACGUCAUUCACCAUCUCUCAACCUCAAUGUGUUACGCCCUACUCCACCUCGUCCUCUACCGUCAGCCCCAAAAAAUAUCCGU